AUACUAGUGCAAUACUGCUAUUAAUACUAGUGCAAUACCUUUAUUAAUACUAGUGCAAUACUUGUAUUCAUAGUAGUAAAAUACUUAUUUUCAUACUGGUGAAAUACUCACUUGUUCUCCAUCAGUUUUUUCAAAACCUCCCCAUCAUACUCCUUAACCUGUAAACACAUUUUAAAACAAAUUAUUUUAGUUUGGAUGUUCAAAGUGUUGACAGAAAUGAUGAUGAUAAAAAAUCAAAGAUUGAUUACCUCUUCAUCCAGCACUUUGAUCACAGGUGCUUCCACACUACAAAAAACACAGGAAGGCUUUCUUCAGUUCAACAGGAGACAAACAGCUGCACAGGUUUACUUACUUCACACAAACUCAGGCUGGAAAUGAUCCGACUGAAGUCAAACCAUUAACAUGAUUAAAUACAAAUAUUUAAGGAGGAAGAGAUGAUGUUUUCUUACCUCUUGACGUCUUUCCUCGGGGCGGGUCCAGCAUCUAAACACACAAAUCAACUGUUUUCAACCACACACGCACACCUCUGCAUUCACAGGCUGUAGCAGUCACAUUUUGUUAUUUUCUGAAUGAGUUGCUCAGAAAUACCAUCAGUUUAUAUGUAAGUUGUACUUUCUGUGUUUUAGGAAAGUUGUUAUGGACACACAUCUGUAUGUGAAUGGAUGCAGGAGAAUGAAGACAUUCAGACCCUGGCAGCUGGACUUCUCCUGCUUUCUGUAACUGAUGCUGGACCCGCCCCGAGGAAAGACGUCAAGAGUGUGGAAGCACCUGUGAUCAAAGUGCUGGAUGAAGAGGUUAAGGAGUAUGAUGGGGAGGUUUUGAAAAAACUGAUGGAGAACAAGUUGUAUCAGAAGUAUGAGGAGGAGUACAACAAGUUGUAUGGACCUGAGAUCAAAGAGCUGAAGGAAGAGGUUCAGAAGUAUGAGGAGGAGUACAAGAAGUUGUAUGGACCUGAGAUCAAAAAGCUGAAGGAAGAGGAUCAGAAGUAUGAGGAGGAGUACAACAAGUUGUAUGGACCUGAGAUCAAAAAGCUGAAGGAAGAGGAUCAGAAGUAUGAGGAGGAGUACAACAAGUUGUAUGGACCUGAGAUCAAAAAGCUGAAGGAAGAGGAUCAGAAGUAUGAGGAGGAGUACAACAAGUUGUAUGGACCUGAGAUCAAAAAGCUGAAGGAAGAGGUUCAGAAGUAUGAGGAGGAGUACAACAAGUUGUAUGGACCUGAGAUCAAAAAGCUGAAGGAAGAGGAUCAGAAGUAUGAGGAGGAGUACAACAAGUUGUAUGGACCUGAGAUCAAAAAGCUGAAGGAAGAGGAUCAGAAGUAUGAGGAGGAGUACAACAAGUUGUAUGGACCUGAGAUCAAAAAGCUGAAGGAAGAGGUUCAGAAGUAUGAGGAGGAGUACAACAAGUUGUAUGGACCUGAGAUCAAAAAGCUGAAGGAAGAGGAUCUGAAGUAUGAGGAGGAGUACAACAAGUUGUAUCAGAAGUAUGAUGAGGAGUACAACAAGUUGUAUGGACCUGAGAUCAAAAAGCUGAAGGAAGAGGAUCUGAAGUAUGAGGAGGAGUACAACAAGUUGUAUCAGAAGUAUGAUGAGGAGUACAACAAGUUGUAUGGACCUGAGGUCAAAGAGCUGAAGGAAGAGGAUCAGAAGUAUGAGGAGGAGGUUUUGAAGAACCUGACGAAGUAAUUGAUAAAAUACAAAAUGGUGAAUCAUCUGCCCAGCGUGGAAGAAGUUGAAGAAGCAGCAGAAAUGUAAUCACGUUCCACCACACAUGGCUGCAGCUCCAAUAUAUGAUAUAUACAGAUAUGUCGUGUAGUUUGGGUGAUGGGUUUCUUUGGUUUUCUACAAGCUGAUAAUAAGUGUCUCUAGUUGUGUUCAUGAUGUUCCUCAGUUUCACUGCCGGAUGAAUAAAGUUCCUGCUGUGAAACGCUCCAUGUGGAGAAAAAUAAAAUGAGUACUGUGACAAAAUAUUUACACAAAUAAACGACAAAUAAAGUAAU